UUGAGCCUUUUCCGCUCAAAAUCAGUCACUUGAUAUGCACAUAACUGUCAAUUAGUAUAUACUCAAGCAACUAAUUGAAGGCUCCAAAGUCAUGACUUUGCUUAAUUUAUUAGACCUAUGUACAAAAAUAAAUAAUUUAAGGACGUCACGUAUUAUAUGGAGAGGUAGCAAAGCAACAAAUUUCUGUUUAUUUUUAUUGGCCCACUACAUUAGAAAAAAUAAAUAUUUUUAUUUGUCUAAUUUAGAAAAAUUAACUCAUGUUUUACCUUGAUAUAGUUUUAACUAUAGUUAUUGUUCGAUGUAUUUGUCUAAAAUAUUGAAUUUAAUAGACGGACAACUUGUUUGUCCCAUUCAUGAUCACCAUCUAGCCAGCACUUUAUUAAUUUCUCUUUUGACUAAUACUUUAGCCAGCACUUGUUUCUCUUUAAACUGCACGUCUUUAAGCCAUUCAAGCUGACUACAAGGUAAUUUAACACUUCUUAAAUACAUCUCAAGUCCAUGGAGUUCCCCAAGAUUUUAUUUUCAUUAUUUGCUCUUAUAUUCUUUCUUUUUCCAUCACCAAUGUAUGCAGCACCUGGAAAUUCCAAUAUUUUCAGGGAAUACAUUGGUGCUGAGUUCAAGAAUGUCAAGUUCAGUGAUGUCCCUAUUCACUCUGGCAUCGAAUUUCACUUCAUUCUCUCCUUUGCUAUUGACUACACAACAUCUUCUCCUGCUCCAACGAAUGGUCAAUUCAACAUCUUUUGGGACACAAACAACCUCACUCCUGCUGCUGUUUCCGCGAUUAAAGAUCAACAUUCCAAUGUUAAAGUAGCGUUGAGCUUAGGAGGGGACAGUGUUGGCGGAAGCAGUGCUUAUUUCAACCCUUCUUCAGUUGAUUCUUGGGUUUCAAAUGCUGUCUCAUCACUUACAGCUAUCAUUAAGCAAUACAAUUUGGAUGGAAUUGAUAUCGACUAUGAACAUUUCCAAGCUGACUCUAACACCUUUGCAGAGUGCAUAGGCAGGUUAAUUACGACUCUGAAAAACAACAGAGUUAUUUCAUUUGCUUCCAUAGCUCCGUAUGCUGAUAAGGAAGUUCAAAGUCAUUACAAAGCGCUAUGGAAAAGCUAUGGUCAUAUCAUAGACUAUGUUAACUUUCAAUUUUACGCGUAUGAUAAGGGAACCACCGUGUCUCAAUUCAUGGGUUAUUUUGCUACUCAAAGAUCUAAUUAUCAAAAGGGGAGGAUCUUGGCUAGCUUCAGCACGGAUGGGAGUGGUGGGAUAUCUCCAGAAAAUGGAUUCUUCAGAGCCUGUAGUAAGCUUCUAAGUAAAGGAGAGUUGGCUGGAAUAUUUGUGUGGAGUGCUGAUGAUUCAAAGUCAAAUGGUUUCAAAUAUGAGAAGCAAUCACAAGCAUUAUUGGCCAUACCCCACUAGUGUUUACAUCUCCUAUACCAUAUUGUAAUAGCCAUACAACUCAAAAGCUAUGCCACACCCUCUUUGUUUGUACAAUAUUCUGAGGAUUUGAAUCAAUAUAAUUAUAUAUAUGCUACUAUUCAGUUUUAUGAA